AAAAAGUUUAUCAUGUAUUAGGAGUAACGGACUCACAUUAAUUUUAUCACAUUAAUUUUAUAUGAUGUCAUUCAAAAUGGAGAGUUGAGAAUCAUUUUAACAAAAAGAAUAGAUAUAGAAAUUUCAUUAUUGAUUUUAACAUUAGGAGUAUUGUGGUAUAGGAUUAUUGAGAUACUCACUUAAUAGUAGAUGGAUUAUCAUCAAUAUUACAGUCCUAAUAUCACAAUUCCUGACACUUGGACUGAUUAUUUAGAGAAAUUUUCAAAAAGUGAAAAUAUUCUAAAAUGUCUAAUUUUAAUAAUUUUGCGAAUAAAAGUAUACCGAUAAAACAAUAGCUGAUUGGAAGGGUACAAUAUAUCUAUUAGGGUUAGGUAGAGGAUCAACAAUCCGUACUGAAGUUCCUCCAUCAUUCUGUUAAUGUUUUAGUGAAAAUGGAUCCAGCAGAUGGUGAAUUCACCCUGAUUUGCUAUUGACUGCUGAUAGUGAAGUGGCAACUGAAUUAUGUAAUGAAAAUUCAAGAUUCUUUCAGCUUCAAAGAUCGAGAAAUUAGAAAGAAAUUUAGAUUCAGAGCUAUAAUUAAAUAAAAC